UAACAUUAUACCAAAACGCUCAAUUGGCGAACAGCUGGUCAGCUGAGUUUAGAUUGAACAUAAAAAUGGAAUUGGAGGGCUCAGAAUUGGGCACUAGGGAGUACUGGGAAACCAGCUACACACGAGAAAUUAAAAACUACAAAAGCCAUGGCGAUGUGGGUGAAAUCUGGUUCGACGAAGACUCCCAACAACGAAUUGUCGACUGGCUAUUGAAGCAGGAAAAUAUCGACAAAGAAACAGCACGUGUACUUGACUUGGGCUGCGGUAAUGGGAUGUUCCUUAUUGCCCUGGCCAACGAAGGCUUCACACAGCUUACGGGCGUUGACUAUUCCCCAAAGGCCAUCGAGCUGGCAAUGGGCAUAGCCAAGGAUCAAGCUCUAGACAUAAGCUACAAUGUGGCGGACUUGACCCAAAACGAAUCGCAGACUCUGGGCAGCUACAACAUCAUACACGAUAAGGGCACUUACGAUGCCGUCAGCUUGUGCCCCGAUGAUCCCAAAGAGAAACGCAACAAUUAUUUAGCCACUGUCUCGAAGCUGUUGCAAGAUGAGCAAAGCCACUUCAUAAUCACCUCCUGCAACUGGACGGAAGAAGAGUUGGUGCAUAGCUUUGAGCAUCUCUUUGUCAAGCAUUGCACAAUACCCACACCCACAUUCAAAUUCGGAGGCAAAGUGGGCAAUGUAGUAACCUCUGUAGUUUUUAAAAAGAAAUCGAAUUAAAUAUAAAUAAAUCAAAAUAUAAU